GGUUAGCGUAAGCAUGACUAAAUUUUAGUAUACAAAAAACAUUUUAAAAUACGAGGAAUGAAUUCUGUCAUCGCAAUCGCAGUGAUAACAUCCAUGUACCUCGUGUCAGUCUUCAUAAAUAAAUAUAAUGGAUCACAAAAUUCAGGCAUCACUCAAGAUAACCAAGAUGACAGUUCCCUGGAGGAAGAUUUCAGAGAUAUACUCCGUUUUAUCCCCAUCGAAGAGAGCCGUCAAAUUCUCUUCAAUUAUUUCAAGUAUGACAAACAACUAGAUGACACCCGAAGUUUCAUAAAUGAUCAAAAGAGAUUCAUAUUGAGAGAGCUGGAGAAUAUUCCAGAGACCUGGAUGUUCCUGAAAAUUCUCCAGAAUCUGGGAUUGCAAGUCGACAAUUGGGACAGCAAAAUUCGUGAAUUAUGGAAAUCACUGCCAAAAUUUGAAGAGGAGCAGUCGACAAUUGCCGCUGGUGGUUUCAUAGUUAUGAUAAACAAAAUAUUGAGUCUAAUUCCUUCAGAGGAGCUCCACCCUUUCCUCUGUGACAAGAUGAGACACUCGACGAGCUUCAGAAUGUUCAUCCAAGCCCUCAGAUCUCCCGUGUUCAUCGAUAUGUGUGAAAAAAUAGAGGAAAAUGGGGUUUUAGCUCGGCAUUACUAUUGGGCCAAACAGGAUGAAAUCGAAGUAAUAUUAGCCGUUGAGUUACUGAAGAAACUUUAUCUCUAUCUCACUCAGGGACUCUCCUGACAAAUAUCUCGGGCAAUAAAUAACAAAUUUCGGAAUUGUUUCGAAAGUUUAUACAAUUCACGGUGACAUCACUGGAGCAAUCGUAAUACAACAUUCUCCACUUACCCCUAAUUCACUGCUGCAGCUGAGUCACUCUCUUUCACCGUUUGCUGAAUUUAUGAGUCCCGUUGUCCUCCAGCCUGAGGAAGAAAACUCGCUUGUAUAUAUGUCUGCAUGUUGGGGGAGUGUCGAGAGGAUGAGUUGAAGGGGUAAACCAAGCGUCGUGGUGAUAAAAGUUUACCACAUGGUUUGGGUGAGGGUUUUGAGGAUGAAAAAGUGCCCCAUGUGAGGAAUCUCAAUGGGAAUACCUGCCAACAAAGAUAUUUCGGGGAUUAUUGCAUAUUACGUGAUGAGAAAGCAUAAAUAUAUUUUUUAUCAAACCGAAUUCGGAAACAUAUACUGUGCUACAUCGAGAAACGCAAGUUGAAUUCCAAAAAAUAUUGCUAAAUUCUCUGUACAAUUUGAAAUAAA